AUGCGUGUUUACUUCAGUGGCAAGUAGAAAAAACUUCUUUCUCUCAGAGUCAGGCUGCCCAAUGCCUACAUGAGGCGGAUUUGAAUUGUGUGGUGAACAAUUAGUCUGACCUCCCAGCUGGAACGCAGAAAUUCUUCUUAAAGUGUAAAAAGUGUUUAUUUGCAGCUAUUAUCAAAAUGUCUCAACGAGCGACUUCUAACUCCCAACCAGUAUAUGUAGUUGGUGUAGGAAUGACAAAAUUUCUGAAGCCUGGAACAAAUAAAAUAGAUUAUCCAGGGCUAGUGAAAGAAGCUGUCAUUGCAGCUCUUAGUGAUGCCAGAAUACCUUAUGAAAAAGUAGAACAAGCCUGUGUAGGUUAUGUUUAUGGUGAUUCCACAUGUGGUCAGAGAUCACUUUAUGAAGUAGGAAUGACAGGCAUUCCUAUUUAUAAUGUGAAUAACAACUGCUCUACAGGAUCAACGGCUCUCAUGCUUGCCAACCAACUCAUCAGAGGAGGUAUGAGUGAUUGUAUUCUAGCUCUUGGAUUUGAAAAAAUGGAGAAAGGAUCACUGACGUCAAAAUUCCGUGAUCGAGCCAAUCCACUGGAUAAACAUAUGAAAGUACUUUCAAAUAACUGUCCUAUAGUAGCAGCACCCAUGUCUGCUCAAAUGUUUGGUGCUGCUGGACAAGAGCAUAUGACCAAAUAUGGGACAACUAAAGAACAUUUUGCCAAAAUUGCUCAGAAAAACCAUAGACAUUCAGUUCAUAACCAAAAUUCCCAAUCAAAUCAUGAAUAUACACUCCAAGAAAUAUUGGAUUCUCCUGUAGUAUAUGGUCCAUUGACUCGUCUACAAUGCUGUCCAACUUCAAAUGGAGCAGCUGCAGCCAUAAUUGCUUCAAAGCGAUUUGUGGAAGCAAAUAAUCUACAGAGCCAAGCAAUUGAGAUUAUAGGUAUGGAAAUGACAACUGAUCCAUCAACAAGUCUGUCAGAAAACAGCUGUAUAAAAAUGGUAGGCUUUGAUAUGACAAGAAAUGCUGCUCAAAAGCUGUAUAAAAAGACUUCCAUCACACCUCAUAAUAUUGAUGUGAUAGAACUACAUGACUGCUUCUCCACAAACGAACUCAUUACCUAUGAAGCACUAGGUCUUUGUGAAAUAGGUAAAGGUUCUGAAUUAGUGGAUGCAAAUGACAACACAUAUGGAGGAAAAUAUGUAAUCAAUCCGAGUGGUGGAUUGAUCUCAAAAGGUCAUCCAUUAGGUGCAACGGGGUUAGCUCAAUGUGCUGAGCUUUGCUGGCAGCUAAGAGGUUCCGCUGGACUAAGGCAAGUUCCUGGAGCAAAAAUUGCACUUCAGCACAACAUAGGUUUAGGUGGGGCUGUAGUUGUUGCACUUUAUCAACAUGGUUAUCCAGAACUUUCUGGAAAUUAUAAAUCAAAAUUAUAAAUAAUCUCCCCAAACUGAGUUUUUAAAUGAAAAGUUAUGCCAUACUUUAAUUCAGAUUUGGUACUUUUCCAUUAUGCACCUGCCUUGCUUUUUUGGGGCCUGUGAAAGAAGCUAAAUAAAACACACAUAUUCUUCAUCAUAAAAAAUGCUAUUGCAAUAAUGUAAUAAUGCUAUAAAAUAAAUAUGUUGUCAUUUAUAAAUUAUUCUUAUAACUAGAAAUUGUCUGCAACUAAAAAAAAAAAAAAAAAAAAAAAAAAAAAAAAAAAAA